UUGUGGGAGCCUCGGAGGAUCUGCAGUACGCUCGCGAUACCCUGCAGAACACGACAGAGAGUUACCUGAAGCUGCAGGAGCAGGCCAAGCAGAGACAGCAGCUCGACUGUUCCCGCUUCAAGAACACCACAGAACAUUGGCUGCACCUCUUCUGUGAGAAAUACGAGUGCCCGUCUCGGAUCUGUGACCCCGGCUGGUACCUGCAGUCCACCAGCUGCUUCCUUUUCUCCAAGACUGCUCUGAACUGGGAGAAGAGCCGGCAGAUGUGCGAGAGCAAGCGGGCGCACUUGGCCGUCGUCAGCCAGAGCCAGGCUCAGAACUUUCUAUCGGAACAUGCCAAAGACACAGCUUACUGGAUCGGGCUGAGCGACACGGUGACCGAGGGGUCCUGGAUAUGGGUCGAUGGGUCUAAAGUUGCUGAAGGGCCGACGUUCUGGGCUCCCGGCCAGCCCGACAAUGCCUUUGACCGGAUGUCAGGAAUGCGGGAGAACUGUGGCUUGCUGCGCGCCAGGCGAUGGUGGGAUGAGGUGUGUGCGGACGCAUACCCAGCCAUCUGUGAGAAAACCGCCAUACGCCUACACCUCAUCUUCCAGCGCAUGAUGUAG